GAAGUGCGUGAUAAACUCGAGGACAAGGUGGUUGCUGCGGGCAAUAACGGUUUCGACCAAGGGUACCUCUCUUUCCUGCGAGACUCUGUACUGGAAUACGAAGACAUCUUUCGGAUCGACCUUGGUGCAGACCCGCCUGCUGACAUCGCACCACUGCGGAUUAAGUUGAUCGAAGGUGCCAAGCCAUUCAGAGCGCGCUCGCACCGGUACGCUCCUGCGCAGCGGAACUUCCUCCGUGAAUACACGAAGCGACCGGAGCUGAUGGGUUUUAUCCGGCAGAACAACCAAAGCCAUUGGGCCUGUGCAGCGGUACCGGUGGCCAAACCG